AUGGCUCACCUCUUCUACAGAGUGAGAGCACAGUUAGCUUUGAGUCGCCGAUCGCUUUCUGCUGUACUUUCUCUGAACUUCUCUUUUUCCGAUUCUUUCUAUCGAUUUAUUUCACCUAAAAAUGAAUACACUUUUCAACUUAAAUAUGUUUAACAUAACCAUUGAUACCAUUGCACACACUUUCAUUCCUAUGUACAGCCUAUGGGUCCAUACCCUCCACAACCUAAUGAUCCAAUCAAAGAGCAAUUAGCAAAAGACAAUUCAGUUGUAGUGAACACUGAGGGGCGGCUUAUAUUAGAGUUCACUCACGAUGACUUAAUGCGGAUCAAGUCGUGGCACUUCGCCACAAGACAUCACCAGGAGUUGAUUCCUAGGGGGAUAGUUGCAAUUCAGGCACAACACGACCCCACCAUUUUGGAACAGAUGUCCAAAAACAUUACCCGUCAGGGACUGACCAACUCUACACUUAACUACUUAAGGCUAUGCGUUAUAUUAGAGCCAAUGCAGGAACUCAUGUCCAGACAUAAGGCCUAUUCAUUGAGUCCAAGAGAUUGUCUGAAGACAACGCUGUUUCAGAAAUGGCAGCGAAUGGUCGCACCGCCAGAAACGUCGCGACCGCCCAGUAAGCGAAGGAAACGGAAGUCGUCUGCGAAUACGGGAACGACAGGCGGCGCCGGCAAGAAGAAGAACAACGCGGCGAACAUGAGUCCGGGUCCGCCCAACUUCACACUUGCCUCUCAGGAUGUGAUGGUAGUCGGAGAGCCGUCUCUAAUGGGCGGCGAGUUUGGAGAUGAAGACGAACGGCUUAUCACAAGACUUGAGAAUAAUCAGUACGAUCCGAGCGCUUCUAACGCCGCCAAUGGGCUCGAAGACGGCGAUGAGUUCGGGUCGAUGGGUGCGCCGGGAGGGGGGCCUCCUGGCAACGGACCGCCGCCCGGAUGGCCGGGUGGACCGAACCCGCCACCCGGUGGCCCCAAUUCAGGUCCGCCAUUAUCUGAGCGAUCGGUUGGGGGCGGCGGCGGUAACAACGGUCACACACCUCAUGGUCCCGGUUCUCAAGACGAUAGCAAAAAGCAAUCGCCGAAUAUAAGUCAAUAAUGAUCUGAUGGACACCAAUGAAUAUACGGUCAUUCAGUCAUUGUUUAGCCACAUUCCAUACAACUGUCUGCAUCCUGUCCCCAUACAGCCUGUCCCCUCUCAGUACUCCCAAUAUAAGGCCAGAUAUGACUGUUUCGAAUUGAUUGGCGAACAGUGCCUCUCCUUUCACUCAUUUAGUGCUGUAUUAGUAUUAUAGGCAUAUAUUGGCCACAGAUUGUGAUAUGAUAUGUGAGUGACUCUCUGAUUGUCAGAUUAAGUGAUGCCAUUUAGACGACUAGCACUCAAAUUAGUGCUCAUUUAUGUAUUAGUAAUUAUUAGCCUUUUGUUAGCAAUGCUAAGAAUUGGCGACAAUUACACCGAUUAAUAUCGUAUAAAAGGCUCACCUUAACAGUUCAUACCGUAUACUGUAUUUUGUUUGGUAUUCACUAGACUUGUGGCUAAAUAACUAUUGAAAGACUCAAUAUAUUUAUGAAUAUUAUUUUAAUGCAAUUCUUUGUAAGCAUUUAAGAGGUGAAGGAAUACCACUCAUCCAUAUUCUGGACAUAAA